AGUUAUCCGACAACCAUUUUGGCGACCCAUCCUGUGUGCUAAAGCGAAAAGCUUUGGUACUGUCUGGUUGUUAGUGGUAAAUUGUGCUGUGUUAUAAUUUGUCCACGUUUUUGUGGAUCUCCAAUAUUAUCCUGGCAACUCCAAAUUCAAUGUGUAUGGCUAUAGAGUGUUUUGGUGAGACAGUGCUCGCAUACAUGGAGUUCCACUUGGACAGCGCAGAAUAUUGCCAGGCCCAACACAAAUAAAUUAAUAAUAAAAUAAUAAACCACUGAACUUAGUCAUUUUUAACAUCAUUGCCAUAAUUAUUGGAUUUACCUCAUCGAAAGCCAAAUAAGUACGUUGAUUUUCCCAAUUUUAUCGACACCGACGAGAAAAAUUAAUUUAUAUUGUAUUUUAGUUCCGUUCUUCCCUAAAUUUGCUGAAGCAUAUCAACCUAGUGUAAAUAAAUAACAAUUAUUAAAACCGAAAAAAAAGUUCUAAUAACUUUUUUGUUUGUAAAAGACUGAAUUUAUUUUCACCAUCUAACACCAAAAACUUAAUUAUUUUUUAACGAAUUCUUUUGGUAAAUUCGGAGACUGCCGAGGUCUCCAGUAGUUGUGUGAUAUUCUAAAUUACCUUGUGUUGCGGGGGAAUGAAUCAUACUUCUCAAGGACAAGCCGGGCUCAUCACGACAGCCAUGCGCCAGAAGGACAUCAGGCCAGCUCCUGCUGAAAUCGAAUACAAGGGAUUCAAAUUUUUGAUCACUGACAGGCCUUCCGAUCAGAACAUCCACGUCUACAUCCAGGAGCUGCAAAAACACAAUGUGACCGCAGUGGUGAGGGUCUGCGAACCAUCCUACGAAGUAGACGAACUGAACAAGGUAAACAUCGAGGUGUUUGACUUGUCCUACGACGACGGCACCUUCCCACCCAACAAAAUAGUAGAGGAAUGGUUCAAAGUCCUCAAGAAACAAUUCAACGACAAUCCAGACGGCUGCGUCGCGGUGCACUGCAUCGCCGGCCUUGGCAGGGCCCCCGUCAUGGUUGCUUUGGCCCUUAUUGAACUCGGACUUAAGUAUGAAGAGGCUGUUGAACUUAUCAGGGA